AUGACAGGAAAUGAGGUUACUUCACUAUAUCACAACCAUCCGUUGUAUCUUCAACCUGGAGAUGCGCCUGGACUUAUCCUAAUACAGCUGAAGCUCACAGGACCAUACAAUUACGCUUUGUGGAGUAGAGCGAUGAAAUUAGCUCUUCGAUGCAAAGGAAAACUAGGUUUUGUGGAUGGAACCUGUGUCAAAAGCAUGUAUAAGGGAGAGUUAGCAGAGCAAUGGGAGAAGUGUAACACUAUUGUUCUGUCAUGGAUAGAAAGCACUGUUGCGGAGGAAUUGAUGGCCAGUAUUGUGUAUGCGUCUAAUUCUAAGAAGGAAGAAAACCAAAUAUUGCUAGGUGUGGUAGAUGUUAACAAUGAGUCAUUGACAAUGUUGGCAGGGAGAACUUACCAAGGUUUUAAGCCUAAGAAACCUAGAGUUGGUAUGAUCUGUGAGCAUUGCGGUAGCAAGAGAAAACUUGAAGUCAUCAGAGCACAAGAUCACUUCUUUACUAACCAACAAUACAAGCAGAUACUGGAUAUGCUAAACAAGCCAACAUCUAGUGACAAUGCUGAUAACAUAACAGGUAACAUGGCAGGUAUGACCUCACUGCUAUCCAAUAACUUUACUAGUGAAUGCAUAAUAGAUACAGGGGCAUCUCACCACAUUACACCAUACAAGGAGUUGCUGACCACCUUUAGAACUUUAAGGGAUCAAAAUAAUAGUAGAGUACAGGUUCCUAUAGGUGGUAGAGCAGAAAUCACAAGUAUAAGAGAUACAGUGAUUUUGGGAAGCUACAAGCUUGAGAAUGUACUUCAUGUGCCAGAUUUUAAGUUUAAUCUGCUUUCAGUGUCCAAGAUAACCAAACAACUUUGUUGUGUGGCUUUGUUCUUUCCUGAUUUUUGUGUGUUCCAAGGACUCUUCAAUGGGAAGGUUCUAGAGAUUGGUAAAGAAAAGGAAGGGUUGUACAUACUACAAGAAAUAAUAAAACCUGCAAUUGGAGCGUGCAUAAGGAUGAUGAUUGUGGGAAGCUAUGGCAUUGAAGACUUGGGCAUCCUUCUAUUGGAGCAAUGCAACAUAUUGCAGAUGUAA